GCAGCAGUGUUAGUGGUUCAGUGGCUGCAUUUUAUUAUCAGUGUGCUGAUUUUUGACAAUGAUUGGGCUCAAUCUUUUCAAAUAAGAGUCUGAGGGUUAUCAGACAAUGCAAAUGUGCUGUAACAAAGUAGCAUGUAGGUCAGUUAAUUGUAAAAUGUUUCACUGGGAACUUAUUUUAGCUACAUUUUUCUUCAGACAGAUGAUGGGAAAAUAAUCCACCUGUGCAUCAGUUAGGGGUGCUGCAGGCUUUCUUACUCUUCACAUGAACAUUUUGUGCAGUCUUUGUUACAGAUUUUCAGAAGACUAUACUCUUUACUUUGAAGGACUAUUUUUUAAUUAUACCUCAUUUAGCUAACUAGUAUUCUAAUACCUAGUAGAAAAACAGUGAGCCAGUCUUUUAAGUAUCCAGCACAAUUUAGACUCUAUGUUUUGUUUUGAACUAAAGCAUCAUUGGAAAAGGUAGGAGGUAGUUUAGGAUAGAACACACAUGUCUUAUCCAAUAGCGCAGAAAAAAAAGUAUUAUCUUCCUGUCUCCAUUAAUAAAUUUAGCUGUGCAAUAUAGAUAAAUGUUUGCAGAAAUUUCUAAAUAAGAGAUUAUAACUCCAUUUUACAGGUUCUGAAUGCUGAGAAUCUGUAUUAAGGCUUACUGAGUUUUUCUUGUGAGCAGUAAGUGAUACAUGUAAGCAGACUUUCUUUGCUUGUUCAUAACUUUGAUUUCUUUAUAAAUUUAGUUAUUAAUCUCAAAAGACGAGUUUCUAAGCUUAAAAUUUUAAAACAGCAUUUUGUUAUGUUGGUUUACUUAUCUCAGAUUUUAAGCACUCGUUUCUCAUGUCAGAUGUUUUAGAUUUUUUCUUUUAACAGAAAGGACAUUCCUUUUUCCAUCUUGUUACAUCCAAAGAAGGGGGUGGGGGAAUGUCUAAAAAAUUCCUUGUCCUGUAGAGAUGUAGAUGGACAGGAUAUGCUAAUAAAAUUUCAAGUACUAGCACAAUUUUACAGUAGAAAUGGUCUUUUUUCAGACUAAUAAAAUUAAUGUUAUGAUCACUAUGAAAAAAAUGUAAGUGAAAUUUGCAGAAAUAGAAAUUAGCAAGCAAUUGUUAUAGGUAUAUUUUCAAAUUUUACUUCAUUUUUUAAAAUGCUUGUGCCAUACGCAGUUGCAUUUCUUAUUGCCAAGACCUAAUAGAACUUGUUUCAUUUCUUACCUUUUUUUAAAAUGUGAAUUUAAUUAUAAUUCAUUCCUACGGCCUUACAGAUGGGUCUUAUUUUGUUUAUUUGCAGCUGACACUGUUCCUUUAGCAAAAUACCUUAAAAUUUUUGACUAAAAUCAUGUCGCCAGUGGGAAAUACCUGUUUUUUCCAUAGAAUUGUUCUCCUGUCUAUGUUUCAGCAUACUUUACCUUUGCUCCAACAGCUUAAUGUGAAAAACCAGCAGAUAAAGUGAACCUGUCAUGUUGUUAAUCUUGUUUAAGCCAACUCAUUAACUGUGUACUGAUAAUGAUACUGUGUUUUGGGUUUUUGUUUUUUUUUUUUUUAAGGGAAAAAAAUGGAUUUUAUUCCAGAUGAACUUUUUUUUACAAUGUUCGUCUAAAAUAAAAACUACAUAAUGAAAAUACUCAUGUUUCUCUGAAAUGCACGUUUAAAAAAUGUCUUUUCUAAUUUGCUAGGUAUGUGUCAUAAACCAUGGUAGACCUGAGAUAUUUUAGCAAACUUUACAUCUGACUUUACAUCAAACUUUACAUCUCCUGCAAUGCAGGAGACCCGGGUUCAAUCCCUGAGUCGGGAAGAUUCCCCUGGAGAAGGAAAUAGCAACCCACUCCGGUACUCUUGCCUGGAAAAUCCCAUGGACAGAGGAACCUGGGAGGCUGCAGUCCAUGGGAUCCCAAAGAGUCGGACAUGACUGAGCGACUUCACUUUCGCUUUCACAUCUGACUUAGAGUUCUUCUUUGUUUGUUUUUUGGGAGAGGGAAAUUUUCUUUAUAUUUUACAGCAGUUUUGAUGAUUUAUAGUUGGUUUACAAUGUCAUGUUAAUUUCUCUUUGUUCAGACCUCCUUAUCUUUUGCCUAGAUUUCUGUAACCUCUCCUAACCAGUCUUCUAGUCUCUAAUUUUAUUUUCCUCCUCUCCAGUUUUCACAGUGCUGAAUGGUUUUUAAAUCUAUCACUGCCACAUUUAAACCCUUUAGCCUGGCAAAGUCCUUUGCUACCUCCACCUCUUUCUCUCCAGCCUUUGAUUUUGUCACACUUGAACUCACACAUAUCUUUUGAACCUCAUCAGUACUUGCAUCUCCAAACAACAUGCUUUGUCAUUUCUUUCCUUAGGCUGCUCCUUCUGCUGACUCCCCACCCCUUGCCUGACUGACUUCUUAUCUUUCAAUGUUCAGUUAGGGUUUGGUGGGAAGACUUCAGCAAUAACCCCAUCCUUGGUUAGGAACCCUCUCCUAUGCCUGCCCAAAGUGUCGCUCACGGCACUGGAUUGGAAUCAUCUGUUUACUUUCCUUCUCCACUAGACUCAGCUCUUGUAGGCUGGGGACUAAGUGUUUGGCUUUUGUAUUCACAGUAUCAGACAAAGGACCUGGCAUAUAGUUGGUGUUUAAGAAAUGUUGGGAAAAAAUGAGUGAAUUUCAGCAGUCAUCAAAAUCAACCGUCACUGAAUAAAGUUAAGUAUAAAUUAGGAGUUGUUUGGUUCUCCAUUUACUUUUUUUUUUCCAUUUACUUUUUAAUUUGAAGAAAGAUUAAAAGUAAAGUGGGACUUCCCUGAUGGUCCAGUGGUUAAGAAUCUUCCUUCCAAUGCAGGGGACUCGGGUUCAUUGCCUGGUCAGGAAACUAAGAUCCCACAUGCUCCCACAAGGGCCUCAACUACUAAGCCCGCACAUGUCCUGUUGGUGGCCCACAUGCUCUGGAGCCCAGGCGCCACAACAGAAAUGAAAAGUAAAUAAUAAAUAUUUUUUUAGAAAGUUGGAAGUAAAUUCAUCAGAGCCUCCGUAAGUUUAGCAAUAAAAAGAGAAGCUUCAUUAUCUGGCCCUCAUCUUUAUUUUAGUCUUUGUUAAAUAUCUCACACUAUUUUAACCUUUACAGAAGGAUCUUCUUUUAAUAAGAGAAAUCACCCAUCACCCAGAAUGCUGUUUGUAUAUCAGUAAAUUGAGUAAAUCCUCUCUUUCCCUCUCUUCAAUGUUUCCUAUUCACAAAAUUUAAGUUUUCUAAUAUUAGUUACAGGGAUACAUGAGUAUACUCCCACAGCAAGUAUAUAUGAAACACAUCAAUGGCCAUGUCAGCAAACAGGAUAUUGUGGCCAUCAAGUCAUGAGCCACUGCAUCCACCCCACCCCCACCACACACACCCCCUGCAAAACAGCACCUAGAGAGGAUUCAAGAUGAAGAAAAGCAGGACGUUGACCCCAGAUCUAGAUAGGUAAGGUGCAUACCUAAGAAAUUAUUUCAGUGAGCCCAGACUAUUACAUCUUCCCACCUGUAGAAAAGUACUAAAUUCAUUAACAUGAACAGUAAUCUUUUUGAUGUUCUGACUACCAGGUUUUUGCUUUUUCAAAAGUUCCUAUAUAUCUGGCUCCUUCCUUGCCUCUUUGGAUCAGUAACUCAGAAAUGUCUGAGAGGCUGUCUUAUGGGCUUAAGUCCUCAGCCAGUCGGCUGAAUAAAAAAUUCUCAACUUUUAGGUUGUGCCUUUUUUUUUUCAGUCAACACAAGUAAAAUUAAUUAAUUUGUAUAUAUAUGUAUGUAUAUAUAUAUAUGUGUGUGUGUGUGUGUGUGUGUGUGUGUGUGUCUUUGCAGAAACCAUCAUCCUUGAUUUUUCCCUCUCCCUCACUCCAUGGAGCUCACCAGUAACUAACUUUUGUUUUGCACAAUUCCUAAAUCUCUUUUGAAUUUGUCUGCUUUUCUCUAGACUCCUGCUGUUUCCCUGAUUCAUACCUGCAGAUGCCAAGAACUUCUUAUCUGGAAUCCCAUUUCCCAUUAUCUGCAAAGGAUAUCAGAGCCUGCCACUCCCUUGGAUAAGCCUGGAACUUCAGGUAUUUAGUGAGCACCCUCUUCUGGUCUGAAGGCAAGAAUACUGGAGUGGGUAGCCAUUCGCUUCUCCAGGGGAUCUUCCAAACCCUGGGAUACAACGCAGGUCUCCUGAAUUGCAGGCAAAUUCUUUACCAUCUGAGCCACUGCUGUUGUGCAACCAAGAAAGAACAAAACAAAAACCCUGCCCUCCAAAAUUUUAUGUGUUAAUGGGAGAGACAAGUAAAAACUGAGUAGGGAGAUGUUCCUGUUACUAUGGGGUGAUCAAAGAAUGCCUUCAAAACAAUUUUUUUAAGACUUGGCAGGAGUGGGGUACAAAUAAAACUAGCUCACCAAAACAACCCCGAGAUGGGGCUGUUACAGCCUAAGAGUUAUCACCUGGGUCAUCACAGCCACCCCAGCUAUAGUUUUGUACAGUCAACAAAUGGCAUAAUGUCCUUUAAAAAAAAGACUCCUUUGUUUAGAAAUGGAAUCCUGCCUAUGUCCUGUGUGUUCUUCUUCAGUUGAUCUGGAAUCUUCCCCUGUCCUGGAUCCAAAGGGGGAUGGGGACCUCCACUCCUCUUAGGCAUCUCAUGGCUGGCGUCCUUGGCCAGCCUAAUGUAUACGAUUGGUGGCAGCAGGGGACUGAGUGCUUUGGCUCCAACUCUAAAAUCUCCAGCGAUCUCUGCCUCUGGAUCAGAAGCUACUACACCUUGAGACAUGUUAGAACUGGACAUGGAACAACGGAGAGGUUCCAAAUUGGGAGAGGAGUAUGUCAAGGCUGUAUGUUGUCACCCUGCUUAUUUAACUUAUAUGCAGUGUAUAGCAUGCAAAAUGCCGGGCUGGAUGAAGCAUAAGCUGGAAUCAAAAUUGCUGGGAGAAAUAUCAAUAACUUCAGAUAUGCAGAUGACACCAUCCUUAUGGCAGAAAGCAAACAGGAACUAAAGAGCCUCUUGAUGGAGGUGAAAGAGGAGAGUGAAAAAGCUGGCUUAAAACUCAACAUUCAGAAAACUAAGAUCAUGGCAUCCGGUACCAUCACUUCAUGGCAAAUAGAUGGGGAAACAAUAGAAACAGUAACAGACUGUUUCCUUGGGCUCCAAAAUCACUGCAAGUGACUGCAACCAUGAAAUGAAAAGAUGCUUGCUCCUUAGAAGAAAAGCUGUGAAGAACCUAGACAGCACAUUAAAAAGCAGAGACAUUGCUUUGCUGACAAAGGCCCACAUAGUCAAACCUAUGGUUUUUCCAGUAGUCAUGUAUGGAUCUGAGAGCUGGACCAUAAAGAAGGCUGAGCACCAAAGAACUGAUGUUUUCAAACUGUGUUAUUGGAGAAGACUCUCGAGAGUCCCUUGGACUGUAAGGAGAUCAAACCAGUCAACUCUAAAGGAAAUCAAUCCUGAAUAUUCAGGAAGGACUGAUGCUGAAGCUCCAAUACUUUGGCCACCUGAUGCGAAGAGCCAGCUCCCUGGAAAAGACCCUGAUGCUGGGAAAGAUUGAAGGCAAGAGGAGAAGGGGCCACAGAGGAUGAGAUAGUUGGAUGGCAUGAUCGACUCAAUGGACAAGAAUUUGAGCAAACUCCAGGAGAUGGUGAAGGACAGGGAAGCCUGGUGGUGCAGUCUACGGGCUCUCAGAGUCGACCAGGACUGAGCAAGCAAACAACAACAACAACAACAACGACUCCAGAGCGGAAGCCCGUGUCCAGGCCAGGCCCCCCCCGGCCGGCUUCUGCGGUCGCCAUGACGGCGGCCGUGUUCUUCGGCUGCGCCUUCAUUGCCUUCGGGCCUGCGCUCGCCCUCUAUAUCUUCACCAUCUCCACCGAGCCGUUACGCAUCAUCUUUCUCAUCGUUGGAGCUUUCUUCUGGUUGGUGUCUCUGCUGUUUUCUUCCCUCAUUUGGUUCAUGACCACAACCCUUAUUGAUAACAAAGAUGAACCAAGAGAGAAAUACCUGCUGAUUUUUGGAGUGUUAAUCUCAGUCCUUAUCCAAGAAAUGUUCCGGUUUGCAUAUUAUAAACUUUUAAAGAAAGCCAGUGAGGGUUUGAAGACUAUAAACCCAUAUGAGGAAGCACCCUCUAUGAGAUUGUUGGCUUAUGUUUCUGGCCUGGGCUUUGGAAUCAUGAGUGGCAUAUUUUCCUUUGUAAAUACCCUGUCUGACUCCUUGGGACCAGGCACCGUGGGCAUUCAUGGAGACCCUCCCCAGUUUUUCCUAAAUUCAGCUUUCAUGACGCUGGUGAUCACACUGCUGCACGUGUUCUGGGGCAUCGUGUUUUUUGAUGGCUGUGCGAAGAAGAAGUGGUACACCCUUCUUGUAGUUGUUCUCUCCCAUCUGCUGGUGUCAGCCCUGACCUUCAUCAGUCCUCAUUAUGGAUUAAAUCUGGUGUUGGCAUAUAUCAUCAUGGUGCUCACAGGCGUCUGGGCCUUCUUUGUUUCUGGAGGUAGCUGCCGAAGCCUGAAACUCUGCCUGCUCUGCCAAGACAAGGACUUCCUCCUCUUCAACCAGCAUGCCAGAUAACCUCCAAGAACCAGCACUUCUCAAACAUAUCCUCAGGAACCGUGGAUUCUGGUCUAACUUCCCUGGUGGUCCAGUGGUUAAGAGUCUGCCUUCCAAUGCGAGAGAUGCAUUGAUACCUGGUCAGGGAACUAAGAUCCCACAUGCCAUGGAGCAACUAAAUCUGCCUGCUGCAACUACUGAGCCUGAGCACUGCAACUAGAGAAGACCACGUGCUGCCUGGAAGUGCCUAUGCCUCGCAACCAAAGAUCCUGUGCCCUGUAAGGAAGGCUCCCACAUGCUGCAGCGAAGAUCUCAGGUGCCGUAACUAACACCCGACGCAGCUAAAUAAAUACAUAAAUAAUUUUUUAAAAAGUAACAAAAACAUAACUUGUAAGAGAAAAGGUAGGCUUUCCUCAGAUAAUAGCCCAGAUUCAUGUGCAAUUUCUCUGUUCCUUCUGCACUGAAACUGUGGCUCUAGUUUAAUUAUUAUUUGUUUGAUAUUUAGUUGGAACAGGGAUUUCCCUGUGACCAGCCUCAACACAUAAGAAACGUCCAAUGGAAAGAACUACGUGUUUUACCUUUGCCUCAUUGAAAAUGCUGAGUGAAGGAACCGCUCCAGGCUUAUGGUCUCAGCCUCAGUAGAAGAAUUGGGGAUUUGACGCAUUCUAAGGGGAUGACAAUAGAUUAUGAGCCCUGGCUUUAACAUUCAAUAAUUAGUAGGUGGUACUCGUUGUGAGUGACUGAACUGACUGACUGACUUGUUGCUUAAGUGUGGGUCACUGUAAAUCCUGCUUCUACCUAAUAGUAAAUCUAUACAUAUUUUCUGUGCUUGAGCAAAAUUAGAGAUGGAAUCUACAGUGUUUAAUCAUGGCUCACCAUGCACAGAAAAUUGUAUCAGAUACUUUAUUGUGUGGGUGUGUGUAAGAGAGAGAGAGACUUUAAAAGGGUAGAAAAGAACAAGAUGAUGAGGAUCACUGUUUUUAGAGAAUAUAUAAGGCAGCUGCAAAAUGCACUACAGAUUAGGAAAUGACAUAGAAUAGCUUGAAUAUAUAAGAUAAAGCUUUAGACAUGAAGAAGGGUACCUGGGUCAUGGAUGUAUAUCAGAGGAAAAGGUGGGACUGUGGGCUGAACUCUGGGUGCUCUCCAAUUGACAGGUAGAGGUGGGGUGAUCACUGAGGAAGAAGAAAAACCAGGAGGGCAUGGUGGCCUGGGAGCUAGGGGGAUGUAUGUCAAAUGCUGCUGAGCAAUGACUAACAUGAGAAUUCUAACUAACAAUAAGAAUUGAUCUUUGCAUAUGGAGAGAUGAAAUUUUCUGGUGACUUUGAUAAAAGUAAUUUCAGUGUAGGGGUGAAUACCUAAACGGAGUGGAUUAUAGAGAUUAGGAGAUAACGAAGUAGCCACAGCAUGUAGAAUACAGAUAACCAUAUAAUUAUAAUAGGGGAAUUGGAUGAUAGCCCGAGAAGGAUGUGGGAGUAGGAGAGCGCAUUCUUCUGUUUUUUUUUUUUUUUUUUUUCCCUAUAAUAUUGUACCGUAAUAGCAUGUUUGUAAGAAGAUGGGGAUGAUUCAGUGGAAAGGGAAAAAUUGAUGUAGUGGAGGGGAUAAUUGCCAAAGUAGAGUCCCUGAGGAGAGAAUGCAGUGGGACAUUUUCAGCAUUAAAUGUUAUAUUAGAUCAGUUAAAAUGUUUAAAAACAAGAACUUAAACUUUUACUUUAGAAAGAGAGGAGGGACUUCCCUGGCAGUCCAGUGGUUAAGUCUCUGCACUUCCAAUGUAGGGAGCGUGGGUUUGAUCAUUGGUCAGGGAACUAAGAUCCCACAUGCCAAGAGGUGUGGCUGGAAAAAAAGUUUUUAGAGGCAGGGGAGCAAACUAAAGCUAAAAUAAGCAGAAGAAAGGAAGUCAGAUAGAAAGCAGAAAAACAGUGGAGAAAUCAAUAAAAUGAAAAUCUGGUUCUUUGAGAAAAUCAAUAUGGUUGGUAAAACUGUGUCCAGAUUGAUAAGGAGAAAAGAGAGGGUACAAAAUAUGAAUAUCAGUAAUAAGUGAAGAUGUCGCCACAGCGUCUACAUUAUUAAAUAAAAAGGGAAUAUUAUGAAGAACUUAAAGGCAAUAAAUUAAAAUUUUAAAUGAAGUAGACAAAUUCCAUUUUAAUAAAGCUCACUCAAGGGACUUGCCUGGUGGUCCAGUGGUUGGCAAUCCACCUUCCAAUACAGGGAGCUUGGGUUUGAUCCCUGGUUGGGGAACUAAGAUCCCAUGUGCCUCUAAGAUUCCAUGGGCAUCUAAGCCUGCCUUCCACAACUACUGAGUCUGCAUACUCUUGAGGCCAUGCUCUGCAACUAGAGAAAGUCCUCAUGCCUCAAGGAAGAGCUUGUACAGACAAAAUUUAAAGAAAAAAAAAAUUUUAAUUAAAUAAAAACUUACUCAAGAAGGACUAGAAAAUCUGAAUAUCCCUAUAUCUCUAUAGACUGUGUUUUUUCUUGCCGCUUAAUGUGCCUUGUAAUUAUUGAUUGAAAGCUGGACAUAUGUAUUGGGUAAUAGUAACUGAAGUAAAUAGGCCUUUAAUAUAAGUUUUGUGUCAGUCUGAGCAAGAGUUGGACUAUGUUUAAAGUUUGCUGCAGUUCUAAGCACCAGAGGCUUCAGAUCCUUCUAGUGCCCUUGCUUUUGUCUCCCCUCUUGACUUUGGACUUUCCCAUGUGCUCCUUCUCAAAGAGAGUCCAUAUCUUGCAGCUCUUUGAACUGUAAUCGACUGUUUUUGUACUGGAGCCCUGUUGGUUGACAGUAAGGUUGGUGUGGAAGAGAAGAUGUCCUAUAAUCUUAAGACUAAAUCUGUUUUUUGGUGAGCCUACAUCCCUUAAUGUCUCUUAGCUCUUUUCCUCCCCUUAGGUGAGGUAGGAAGGCUAGGUGGGGCUGGAGUGGGAGAAAUGCCCUUCUUCCAGGUGGGAUAAAGCUCUUGUACUAUUUUGUUUGUUUGGUUGGUUUUUCCCCUGGAGAGUGGGCCUUUGUUAUGGAGAACACUCUGGGCAUAUUGUAGUAUGAUUAUCCUUACUCUUUCCCUGCCAAAGCCAUAGAGGGCUCUUCACUGAGAAUUUGGUGGAGUUCCUGGAGGUAAAGCCCUCAAAAGUGUGGGGCUGUUAAGACUGUUUUUUAUGCCAAUACCACAAUUCCUAGUCUUAGGAAUUUCUUACUUUUAUGCUGUUCCAUACUCAGACUCAAGCAGUUUGUCAAAAUUAGCAUCUAAGUGUCCCUACCAGUUUAUGGUUCCACCAGCUUUUGCUCUAUGUAAGCAAAUCUCAGCUGUGACUCUCUGGAUUCACUCGUCUCGCCAGAUUUCAGGAUGAUAACUUGUCCUUAGACCUUAAUUUUUCUAAUGAGAGUGAGAAAAAUACUGAUUUUCACUUUUAGAAUUUUAUUACCCUAAGUGUGGGAGUGACAGCUUUCAAGCUUUUUAUAUAUUGGAGCUAACCAGAAAUUCCCUAUGUGUAUUAAGGACUCUGAAUUUGUAGUUUACGUAAAGAAAUUCCUAGAGGGCUUCACUGAAGAAUUCUACCAAAAAAGAUAUGUUAUAAAGCUGUAGUUAUCAAAACAUUAUAGUAUUGGCAUAAAAAACAGACACAUAAAACCAUAGAACUUCUAGAAGAAAGCAUAGGCAGUACUCUGGUAUUAGUUUUAGUAAUAUUUUUUUGAAUAUGUCUCAAGGAAAACAAGCAAAAAUAAAUGGGACCACAUCAAAGUGAAAAGCUUUUUGCACAGCAGAAGAAACUGUCAUCAAAAUGAAAAGGCCACUUACUAAAUGUGAGAAGAUAUUUGCAAAUAAUAUAUCUGAUAAAGGGUUAAUAAUACAAAAUAUAUAAGGAACUCAUAAAACUCAACAUUAAAAAAAAAAGAAAACCCACAAACAAUCCAAUUAAAAAAUAACCAGAGGAUCUGAAAAGACAUUUUUCCAAAGAAGACACUUAAUUGGCCAACAGGCACAUGAAAAGGUUUUCCACAUCACUAAUCAUCAAGGAAAUGCAAAUCAAAACUACACUGAGAUAUCACCUCACCGCUGUCAGAUGGUAUCAUCAGAAAGGCUGCAAAUAACAAGUAAUGGCAAGGAUGUAGUGAAAAGCCAACCCUUCUGGACUGUUGAUGAGAAUGUAAAUUGAUUCAGUCACUAUGGAAAACACUAUGGAGGUUCCUCAUAAAAUUAAGAAUAGAACUGCUGUAUGAUCCAGCAGUUCUACCCAUUGGUAUUUAUCCAAAGAAUACAAAAACAUUAAUUAAAAAAAAUACAUGCACCCUGUGUUCAUUGCAGCAUUUACAAUAGCCAAGAUAUGAGAGCAAUCCAAGUGUGCCUAUCGAUAGGUAAAUGGGUAAAGAAGAUGUGCUAUAUAUAUUUAUAUGAAGUGAAAGUCGUUCAGUCAUGUCCGACUCUUUGCACCCCAUGGACUAUACAGUCCAUGGAAUUCUCCAGGCCAGAACACUGGAGUGGGUAACCUUUCCCUUCUCCAGGGGACCCUCCCAAAUGGGAAUCGAACCCAGGUCUCCAGCAUUGCAGGUGGAUUCUUUACGAGCUGAGCCACAAGGGAAACUCAAUAUAUUUAUAUGUGUGUGUGUGUGUGUGUGUGUGUAUAAAAUACCAUGGAAUAUUACUCAGCCAUAAAAAGAAUGAAAUUUUGCCAUUUUCAACAACAUGAGGGUAUUAAACUUUGUGAAAUGUCAGCAAGGAAAGACAAAUACUGUAUGAUUUCACUUAUAUGUGAAAUUUUAAAAACAAACAUAACAGAAACAGAGUUAUAGAUACAGAGAACAAAACAGGUGGUUACUAGAGGAAGGGGUGGGGAGAGGAAAGAAAUAGGUGAGGGAGAUUUAAGAGGUACAAACUUCCAGUUGCAAAAUAAAUGAGUCAUGGGUAUGAGACAUACAGUGUGAGGAAUAUAGUCAAUAACUGUAGUAUCUUUGGAUGGUGACACUUUGUAACUAGAUUUAUUGUGGUGAUAAUUUUGAAUUAUAUAGAAAUACCAAAUCACUACAUUAUGUAACAAGAACUGGCAUAGUGUUAUAGGUCAGUUAUACUUGAGAAAUAAACAAACAAACAUACAAACAAAUGGAAAAAGAUCAGAUAUAUGGUUAUCAGAGGUGGGGAGUAGGGGGAGGGGAAAUUGAAUAAAGCAGUCAUAACUACUAUGACUUUUCAGUUAUAAGUUAAAUAAGUACUAGGGAUAUGAUGUACAACAUGAUAAAUUAACACUGGUGAUGGUGGUCGUUUAGUUACUAAGUCAUGUGUGACUCUUGUGAUGUCAUGGACUGUAGCCCUCCAGGUUCCUCUGUCUAUGGAGUUUUCCAGGCAAGAGUUCUGGAGUGGGUUGCCGUUUCCUUCUCCAAUAAUUAACAUUCCUGUAUGUUAUAUGUGAAGGUUAAGAGAGCAAAUCCUAUGAGUUCUCAUCACACACAAAUUUUUUUCAGUAUCUGUAUCUGUAUGAGAUAAUAGAUGUUCAUUAAACAUAUUGUGAUAAUCAUUUUCAUGAUGUAUGUAAGUCAUGUCAUUAUACCCAUACCUUAUGUUUAUAGAAUGCUGUAUGUCAAUCUCAAUAAAAUAAAGAAUUGUUGAGGAUAA